GGUGGCGCUACUCGUCCUGGCACUGGCCGUGCGCAAGGGCCGGCACUGGGGACGGGCUGGAGCGCCUGGGACCGGUCGGGCGCCACAGGUUGGAGAAUCAGGAGCUGUCCCCAUGACCGUGGCCUCGUCAAGCAGAUGCCGCGUGGACGCCCAGGAGGUCUAGAGCUUGGGAACCUGGAAGGAAACCUCUGAAACCCGAAACCCAGCCCUCUCCCUUAAGGAAACUUCGCAGGCUGGCCCACCAAGACCAUCACUAUGACCGAUGGGGACUAUGAUUAUCUGAUCAAACUCCUGGCCCUUGGAGAUUCCGGGGUGGGGAAGACGACAUUUCUUUAUCGAUAUACAGACAAUAAAUUCAACCCCAAAUUCAUCACAACAGUAGGAAUAGACUUUCGGGAAAAACGUGUGGUUUAUAAUACACAGGGACCCAAUGGAACUUCAGGGAAAGCAUUUAAAGUACAUCUUCAGCUUUGGGACACUGCAGGACAAGAGCGGUUCCGGAGCCUCACCACUGCAUUUUUCAGAGACGCCAUGGGUUUCUUACUAAUGUUUGACCUCACCAGUCAACAGAGCUUCUUAAAUGUCAGAAACUGGAUGAGCCAAUUGCAAGCAAAUGCUUAUUGUGAAAAUCCAGAUAUCGUAUUAAUUGGCAACAAGGCAGACCUGCCAGACCAGAGGGAAGUCAAUGAAAGGCAUGCCCGAGAACUGGCUGACAAAUACGGCAUUCCAUAUUUUGAAACAAGUGCAGCCACUGGCCAGAAUGUAGAGAAAGCUGUGGAAACCCUUCUGGACUUAAUAAUGAAGCGAAUGGAACAGUGUGUAGAGAAGACACAAGUCCCCGACGCUGUCAAUGGAGGAAAUUCUGGAAAGCUGGAUGGAGAAAAGCCAGCUGAGAAGAAGUGUGCUUGCUAGGUUUUACUUAGAAGGUGGUGAUCAACCACCCACCCAAAUAACACUGCCCCAAACAGCAACGAACCACAGAUUUGUUGUUGAGUAUACCAUAUAUAAUGACAUGUCUGUCUUUUUCUGCCAGAAAAUUCUCUUUUAAGCAAAAAGAAUAAUUAAGUGUUCAAAAGAAUGACCACUUAUCUGUGAGGUCCCUUCAAACAAGAUCAAAGAUUUCCUAAUGUGAUCUCCCCAUCACGGACACCCAAUUUGUUUUUCUUAGAAAGAAAAUGAGUAUAUAAAAGGGUCUACAAGAAGAAAUUUCAGGGAGUUUUAAAUCAGAGCAAAAAUUCCUGUGUCACAUUGGGAAAUGAAAUAGGCUUCUAAAGGGAGACCAUGGAAGAGUUAAAAAAAAAAAAUUUGAUAUACUUGUUAUAUAGAUUCUGACCUGUACUUUUGGGUUUGCUUUGGGGAGGGGAAGAAUAUAUUAGCCAAAAAUGGAUGUCCAGUAAAGAAUUCUUAAUGGCUUAUUAAGAAUGACAUUACUAUAUACAUCCGAUAAGCUGUACUUGAAUGACUAAAUAUUAUGGAAGUUUAUGAAAGAGUGAAUGUCAGACUUCUGCUGAAAUGUAGGAGAUUGUGUAAUAAUGCCAUUUUAUAUUCCUAUUAAAUGGCAGGUAGCACUGUGAAUGACAAAAUGCCAGAGAAAUGCCCUGGCAAAAAAUAAAAGCAUAGGAAUAUGGUAUUUGAAGAACUAAAAUUAAAUAUAUCUGUUACUGUUGUCUAGAAGAGUUACUUAGUCAAAUUUCACUCAAGGCAAUGAAAAGUUGACAUCAGUUGGGAUGAAGAGGAUCUCCAGCAGUUUCCAUUUCGAACAACAUCUAGAAAUGUGUUCAGGUUCAUAUUUCAUUUUAGUCUUAGUAAAGGUAAUAGUCACAAGGAAAUAUUAAAGAUUAUUAAAUAUCUCUUUUUAAGUGCAGUCAAGAAAAAUUGUUCAGCCUUAAAUUUUUUUUUUUAGAAAAAUAUGUUGGUGAUUUCACACAAAAAGUCACUAUGAAUUUAGGGUUCUUUUCAUUCACACAAGCACUGGACACUCAAUAUCAUAUUUCUCCCCUCCAACCCAACUUACCAUGUCUUUGAAUCUAUUGCAAAAAUACAGAUGUGUCACUUUGUAGAUCAACAACUUUAGAAUAAUGAUGGAUCAAUUUUAUGAUCACUCUGGAUUGUCAUGUCAUUAAUUACAUAAAAAUGGAUGACAUGCUAUAUUACAAUAUAUUUAGCAAUUCAUUUUUAUUUUGCCUGAAGUAAAAUACUCAUGGAUUAUAUUUGGGAUUUGGGCAGAAAUAGAUCUAUAUAUUGUAUCACACCAAAAAUUUAGUCAUUUUAUUUUUUUACAUAAAGUUGCCUUUUCUUUCUAAAAAAUGAUCACAAAAGUCUUUUACAUUGGCCUCUUCUUAUUGUCUAAAGUUAUAUCACAUUAGUUUUUUUACCUUAAUUUCUGAUUAAAAGAAGCUACUUCUAUUAAACUAUCAUUUAAAUAUUUCAGUCAACUUUAUCAAUAGCAAAGACAUUGUCUGUCAAGUUUCCUGUUUUUGUUGAGUAUAUGAUUUUCAACAGGAUAGGUCUUCCUACAAAAUUUUGCCAACUGUGUUUUACUUUUUCAUGCUCUGAACUUUUUUUUUUUUUUUACAAACAUUGGAAACCCUCAAUGCCUGAAACCUCUUUAAACUCCCCUGCAACUUUCCAUCUGGCAUUGAAUCAAUUUUAGGAAUACAGAUUCUAGGAAUUCUCUGUAUAUAAUGUUCUGAAUGGACUAGACUCAGAAAUGUACCAUGAAUCAAAGCAAUUUGGAAGCUCGGAUGGGGUUAAGUCCUGGUAGGACUUUCAGUGGUAAGUGCCGAGCUCCUGUGUCCCUGGCGCAACACCAACACCUGGACUGGAUCUAGGUUGAUUGUUCCCUUCAAUGAUGUUUUCUCCUUGUAGUUCUUCCUGAUCUCCAUGCGUGGGCCAUGGGGACACAAUGUGAUUACCUAAGAUUAAAGAUGUUUGUUCUAGUAGAAAAGCAUGCAGAAAUAAGAUGGCUGUUGCUGUGGCCAAAUCUGGUGAACGUUGGUAACUUAUAACAUCAGUUUCUUCUUUGGAUUCAGUGUCAUGUUCCCUGCAUUUCCAUAGUCAGGAAUGCUGGCCUUUGUAAAACCCAAAGGUAUUCUAUUUUGGAUACAUGUUUUUGUUUCUAUUAAUUUUCCAGUUAUAUGAUUGAUUAAUUGAUGCCAAGAUUCUGUCAGUGUGAGUAAUCUAACAAGCAUUUAUUCAGGGCCUACGUUAAGAUUGUCAUUUGAUCAUGUAGCAUGAAACAGAGAAUACUGAUGCCCACAACUACAGAAAAUGCCUAUAAAAAUAACAAUUGUUGGGCAGUGGUCUCAAGAGGAAUAAAGUUUAAAACAGACAAGAAAUUUAAAACAGGAUUCUAUUGUUUCUUAUUAACAUUUUUCCCUUUGUAGCUUUCCCAGUACAAGUGAUAUCUCUAGAAAAAGAAAUUCUACUUAGUAAUAAAUAUUUAAUUUAAAAAACAUUUUCGUGCUCAAGCUUGGCCUUUGGCCCAAAUUAUAUGUAGCCAUCACCUAACAUUCCUUCUCUUCUUUUUCAGAAUUAAUUUUUCUGUGUAAUUCGCUUUACCAUUUCAAAUUGAUAUAGAACCAUGAAGUAUAUGGAUUCUUAUAAAGAAUUGAAGACUCCCCUGUAAACUACAAUAGCACAUUUUUAACUAAGAUGUGUCCUGUAAUCACAACCUCCCAAAUGCUUUAGUAAACACUGUUGUAUUUUGCAGAAAUAUUUAAAAUAUAUAUGAAAUUCCUUUUUGAGAGUGAAACCAUAUCUGGAGUGUUUACACCGGUUUGAUGUUUACAUUGCUCUAUCAUGGUGCCUCAGAUACUUCUAUGACCAAAUUGAUCACCAAACACAUAGCUCACUUCCCAGAAUAUCAUGUUGCAGGAAAGUCUCACACCUAAAGGUCCUCUGAUAUCUCUAGUACCGUGUGCAAGAUUGUUAGCAGAAACUGGAGAUUGCUACUAUCAUUUCCUCGUCUCCUAACUCACUUUUUGUAGAAUGGGCAUUAUUUGAGACAUUUAACUGUGAUUAGGUACAAGGUGACCUUUUAAUCUAGAAAGUAUAAGAAAAAAAUCUUUAAAAAUAUAUCACAAUGUUUAUCUUCGUAUCAAGAGGGUAGCAAGUCAUGAACUGGCAGAGAAAAUGCUAAAUUCUGGGAAUUGAGCUAUGGGUCUCUAGAUAAGGAUUCUAAAAUCCUUGCAAGUCAGCAAUCUAGCCAACUUGCUAUCAAUUCCAUAUUAUAAGCAAAAAAAUUUAAAACCAGCAUUUUCUAAAGUAAGUAUUUUAUUUAUUUUUUUUUAACCCAGAUGGGCCAUUCUGUGUAUCAGGGGUCUCUUUGUUUGGCUUCUAGUACAAGUUAUUCUUUGCCAAACUGUACUGGUAGUAUGAACUGGGGAAAUGCUAAGAUGCUGUCUCUUUUGAAAAGGUUGUCUAAAAAUUCACCAUGAGUUAUAUUUUUCUUAUUCUUUGUCUGAGUUGAUCUAGACUUAUUUCUGGGGAUACUGCUGAGUUCUUAAAUAUGGAAAACAUAUAAAGUAUUACCUGAGAUGAGUGUUAUAAAUGAGUGUCAAAGCUUCAUAAAUCCAUGAAGGUAUAAAAUUUCAGAAAUCAAAUCUGAUAAAAAUCAUUGUUAGUUAAAUAGGGAAUUUUAUAACCUUACUACCCUGGCAUUUUGGGUGGAAACUCAACCAUGAAGACAUUGCAGAGCCAAGUUUACAAAGAAAAAUGAGUUAAAAUUUGGCUAAAUAGAGUUCUUAAAUGUCCUCCAGAAUAUGGAAAAGGUAAAAUCUUAGGUAUGAAACUAAAAAAAAAAGAAUUAGUAACAGAAAAAAUUUUUCUAACUAAAUUCAUAUAAAUAUUUAUUUAUGAGGUAAAGGUUUCUGCCCUUACAACUAAGCUAAUAAAAAUAUUUAGUCACCAAAUAUUUCAUUAUUGCCAUCAACAUUUAAGAAGC